AUGCAUUCAGGCUUUCAGAUGCCCAUCCAGCCGCCACCACUGUUGAACCCGCCCCCUCAGAUAUUCGGCGGCUACAAUGAACAUGGGUUACCGAUACCGCAGCUGCCCCCCGACCUACUCGCGGCGCAGAUGUUUGGAGAUCAUGGACUGCUGGAGGACACAAACGAGGCGAAGAGGAGGCGGAUCGCAAGGGCAUGUGAUAUGUGUAGGAAGAAGAAGAUCAAGUGCGACGGCAAGCUGCCCGCCUGCACGCAUUGUACCAACUACAAGACGGAGUGUGUCUUCACGCAGGUGGAGAAGAAGCGGAAUCCCCCCAAGGGGGCCAAAUAUAUCGAGGGGCUUGAGAACCGCCUCGGGCGUAUGGAGCACCUACUGCGGCUAUCGGGCUUGCUCGGCGAGGACGAUAACGGGGCUACUGACCUUGGGACGUUGGAAAAGAAGUUGGUCGAGAAGCAUCAGCAGUCGAGGCAAAAUUCGCAGGCCGUUUCCGACCCAACCUCACCACAAGUCGCCACAGCCCCAAAUGGGAGUACGUCGACCCCCCGUAGCGCGAUAGCCUCGCCGGAACCUUCAAAGGAUGGAGAGAAACAGAGAUCAUCCACACCCGACAAAGACAGUCAAGACGACGAUCGAGAGGAGGUUGCCGAGCUGUCCGAAAUGAUGUGCUCGCUCGUGACAAAUACCAACGGCGAGACCCGGUAUAUUGGUUCAUCCUCUGGAUUCUCAAUUUUCUCGCCCAAGGGUGUGCAGUGGGUGAAUGAGAAAAUGGGAGACUCGUCGUUCCAACAGAUGAUCUCCGACGUGUCGAUCGACGACCACAAGUGGACUGCGUGGAAACCCGAUGUCUUCGGGGAUCUCUUUCGCCGCACCGUCUUCAGGGACCUGCCUCCGAAGCCGGAGGCGCUGUCGCUGCUGAAGGACUUCUUCGAGAACUUCAAUUGCAUAUUCCCGCUUUUCCAUCAGCCGACGUUUAUGCAUCUGGUGGAGAGACAGUACUCAAACGACCCGUAUACCGGAUCUGGCUGGUGGGCUAGCUUGAACGUGGCGUUGGCCAUUGCACAUCGUUUGCGGGUUAUGAGUAACCUCGUCCCACAAGAGGAGGAUGAAAAGGCUUGGUCUUACAUGAAGAACGCCAUGGCCACGUUUUCCGAACUGAUCAUGCGCAACACCGACCUUCUCAGCGUCCAGGCCCUUCUGGGAAUGUCUCUUUUCAUGCAAGGGACUCCAAACCCGCAGCCGUCGACCCUGCUCAUCGCCACUGCGAUCCGGCUUUCGCACACUAUUGGUCUACACAAGCGUGGUACGGGGUUUAAUCUCAACCCGAUCGAGAUCGAGCAACGGAAGCGGGUAUUUUGGAUCGCCUACAUGCUUGACAAGGACUCGUGCCUUCGGUCUGGUCGGCCACCGGCACAGGACGAUGCUGACAUGAACGUGGAGCUGCCUGAUGCUGAUCCCGCAGAUGGAAUCGGUAACAUCCCGUUGGCGGACGGCAAGGGGAAAAUGAAUUUGUUCCGCGUGAUGUGCGAGCUCGCCAUCGUUGAGAGCAGGGUGUACACGAAACUUUACUCGACCAAGGCGACGAAGCAGACCGAUGGCGAGUUGCUUAACACCAUUGGCGAGCUCGAUAAGGAGUUGGAGGACUGGAAAGACCGCAUUCCCAUCGACUUCCGGCCGGAGCAUGAGAUCAAGGCGUCGCAUACGCCCCUUAUUCUUCACAUUGUCAUGCUGCACUUCAAUUACUACAAUUGCCUCACGACGAUCCACCGUAUGUCGAUCCACCACGGCUACUGGACCAGCCGGUUGUCCGACUUUGCUAUUCAGGGGCUUAACGCGCGGCCUCUGAACCCACGCAUCUUCUCUUCGGCAGCUCUAUGUACCUCAGCUGCUAGGGCGUCGAUCUCACUGCUGAAAUACAUCCCACAGGGCGACUUUUCGUGUGUCUGGAUGGUGUUGUAUUUCCCAGUAUCGGCACUUGUCACGUUAUUCGGGCAUAUUCUUCAGAACCCCCUCGACCCCCGGGCGAAGUCCGACACGAAGUUAAUGAACGUUGUCGUCAACUUCUUGUCUAUGCUUGGCCACGAAGCAGAGACAGGCGGUGUGCAUCGGAUGCUGGGUGUGUGCUCCGAGUUUGACCGAAUCGCCAAGGUUGUGAUAGAGAAGGCCGAGAAGGAUCACGCCUCGCGACGGAAGCGGAAGAACAACCAGGAUCAGUCGGCGACAAAACCGGCUACUGAUGCGGCUAAUUCUCCAUCUUUCAAUCCGAACCCCAUCCCACCGACGUCCCGACCAGCAACAUCGAGCUCCGCCACGCCUCAACCCAGCGGAUCGUACGCUACAAACAACCAGAGCCACCUAUCCCCGCCCACGAUCAACCACCAGUCCCCGCAGAACCAAAAUGGCAACGGCAGUCCCAUGACAGGCACCAUGAGCCAGUCUCCAUCUCCGGGCCUCGCACCAACCGGCUGGCACAGCGAGUUCACGCCUGACAGCUCUGAGUACAAUUCCUACGCAGACAUGACCUCGUUCAGUGCCAUGGACGCCAUGGCCGCCGCUGCGGGGCUCGGCCCCGGCGGGGGGAUAGCCAGCCCACCAUUAACGGGACCUGGAGGCGGCGCCGGCUCGGGAAGUGUCUUCUACCAGCAACCGAUGCUUCCGCAGGAUUUGUUCAGUUUGCCUAUGACGCUAGACUGGAACUGGGCUGAGAUGAGUGGCGGGGCGUAUCCGAGUGUCGAGAAUGCACGACCCGCAUUGCGAGCUGCCCGCUUCCCACGCCCUGCGCCCGCGAGCACAACCCUCCUCACGACCCGGCUCAACUCGACCAACAACUCGCCGAAGCCAAACGGGCCAAGCGGCGGAGAACCUGGCGGCCAGAAUGGCGGCACUCCCAAUCAGCCGCCGAAGCCGGACGACGACGGGCAUGCGACCCAGCAGGAAGCUCCCCCGCCGCCGCCCCCGCUCCCGCCGGGGUUUGUUCGCUUGACUGCUGAGGAGAUCGAGGAGGUCAAGAAGUUUUUCGUCACCUUCCCCGCGUGGCAUAGGAAGGAGGAGGUAGACAAGAUCAUAGAGGCGAUGGAGACGAUCGGUGUGCCAGUGGAGCUUCGGGAUAUAAUGCAGCGUCAAAGAAACGGGACGCUCGGCAUGAUGGACGCUGUCAAGGUUCCUGGGAUAGUGAUGAAGUUUGAUGCGGCCAUAAAGAAUUUACCACGGGGAGAUGCAUCAAACGUCGCCUCGCAAAAGCCGGAUCAGGACAAGCAGCAAGAGGCGGGUAGCCCAAGGACACCGGAAGAGCAGGAGACAUUCAAUAACUUGGACCGGGAGGUGGAUCGGCGGGUGCAGGGGAAAAAGAAGAAGGGUGAGGAACAGAAUAGGGGGCGGCAGCAACAGGGGAAGCAGCAGAAGGGGCAGCAACAACAACAGCAGCAGCAGCAACAAGGGGGGCCUCAAAAGCAACAGCAGCAGGGGCGGAAUAAUAAGAAGGGCGAGGACCAGCCGCAAGUUUUUGGAAUGGGGCUCACGGAGGCCGCAGCGUGGAUCAUUGGCUCCAUGAUCUUUUUCACGGCAUACGACUGGGUCUUUCCCAUCACCCAGUCCAGGGAAAUCACCUGGCAGGAGCUGCGCAAGAACUUCCUCGACAAGGGCUUGGUGGAAAAACUUGUGGUCGAGAACAAGCAGGUACGCGUUGAGUUGAACCGGGAAGCGGUCGAAAACGUGUAUCCCGACUCCCAGGCGGCAAAGGCGAACUUCAGCUACUAUUUCUCCAUCGGCUCGGUUGACGCCUUUGAGAGGAGGCUAGACGAGGCCCAGGCGGAGCUCGGAGUGCCUCCGAACGAGAGGAUACCGGUGAGCUACGCCCGCGAGGGCGCGGCUAUGGGCUUCCUGAUGGCGUUUGGGCCGACGCUGUUGGUGAUCGGCUUGCUGGUCUGGCUGUCGCGGCGCGCGGGCAAUAUGAGCGGGGGUGCGGGUGGCGGCAUGUUUGGCUUUGGAAAGAGCAAGGCCAAGAUGUUCAACCACGACUCGGCCGUCAAGGUUAAGUUCCAGGAUGUGGCGGGUAUGGACGAGGCCAAGACGGAAAUCAUGGAGUUUGUUAGUUUCCUGCGGACCCCGGAGCGCUUCCAGAAGCUGGGAGCCAAGAUCCCCCGCGGCGCUAUCCUCUCGGGCCCGCCCGGUACCGGUAAGACACUGCUCGCGAAGGCCACGGCCGGCGAGUCGCAAGUGCCAUUCUUCAGCGUUAGCGGUUCCGAGUUCGUGGAGAUGUUCGUCGGUGUCGGUGCGUCCCGCGUCCGCGAUCUCUUCUCCAAGGCCCGCCAGAACGCGCCCUGCAUCAUCUUCAUCGACGAGAUCGAUGCCAUCGGCAAGUCUCGGUCGGACGGUGGUGUCCGCGGUGGUGGAAACGACGAGCGGGAGGCUACCCUGAACCAGAUUCUUACGGAGAUGGACGGGUUCAACACCUCGGAGCAGGUCGUCGUCCUGGCGGGCACGAACAGGCCCGACAUUCUGGACAAGGCGCUGAUGCGGCCGGGUCGGUUUGACCGUCAUAUCCACAUUGACAGACCGACGAUGAAGGGCCGCCAGUCGAUCUUCAAGGUGCAUCUGGCCAAGAUUCUGACUCACGAGGAUAUGGAUUAUCUGACGGGACGUUUGGCUGCGCUGACUCCUGGCUUUGCGGGUGCUGACAUUGCCAACGCGUGUAAUGAGGCUGCGCUCAUUGCUGCCAGAGCCGGUGCCGAGUCCGUUUCGAUGAUCCACUUUGAGCAGGCCAUUGAGCGUGUGAUCGGCGGCCUCGAGCGCAAGUCGCUGGUCCUCAGCCCGGAGGAGAAGCGGACGGUCGCGUACCACGAGGCCGGCCACGCCAUCUGCGGGUGGUUCUUCCGGUGGGCCGACCCGCUGCUGAAGGUAUCCAUCAUCCCGCGCGGUCAAGGCGCGCUGGGGUACGCGCAGUACCUCCCCUCGGGCGACGCCUACCUGAUGAACACCAACCAACUAAUGGACCGCAUGGCCAUGACGUUGGGCGGCCGUGUGUCGGAGGAACUACACUUCCCCACCGUCACUACGGGCGCCAGCGACGACUUCAAGAAGGUCACGCGCAUGGCCACCACCAUGGUCACGCAGUGGGGCAUGUCGGAGAAGCUGGGCCCGCUGCACUUUGAGAACGACCAGAACCAGCUGCACAAGCCCUUCGCCGAGGCCACCGCCCAGGCCAUCGACGCCGAGGUCCGCCGCAUCGUCGACCAGGCCUACAAGCAGUGCAAGGAGCUGCUGGUCGCGCGCAAGAAGGAGAUCGAGAUUGUCGCUGAGGAGCUGCUGCGCAAGGAGAUGCUCACGCGUGACGACCUGGUGCGUCUGCUUGGCCCCCGCGAGUGGCCCGAGAAAGAGGAGUUUGCCAAGUUCUUUGAUAACCGCCAGGGCGAGAAGAGUGCGCCGCCGCCGUUCCCCGUGGAGAAUACUGAUACGCCGGAGGAGGAAGGGCCAACUCCCAAUGCACCAGCACCUGUAUCAUGCGACUACUCUGAUGAGUUUGCGUUUUUGUGCCAAACACCGCAUUUUCAUCCCUACAGCAUGGUGAGAUCCUGA